CCAAAGACAUUUCCCAGCUAUUGGCUCUAAAGAGAUGAAAAAAGUCCGACUAUGCAAAGUUCCAAGGUGCGGAUAAUGUUAUUCAAGUGUGAGUGGAGCGUGUGAGGGCGCUACCGGAGGCAGAGGGAUUAUAAGCAACUUUCUCUCUUCUCUUCUCAAUUUUUACUCUUUUUUAUCUCGUAUAAAACUAGCUAAUACUUCCUACAGUAAUUACCAUCGCAAACAGAAAACUUUAAACUAUAAGCAAUGUCAACGCCACGAAGGAGGAUAGAAACGGAUGUCAUGAAGCUCUUAAUGAGCGAUUAUGAGGUCACCUUGGUCAAUGACAACAUGCAGGAAUUCUACGUCCGAUUCCAUGGGCCUACUGAUACACCAUUUAACGGUGGUGUAUGGAAGGUUCGUGUGGAGCUCCCAGAUCAGUACCCUUACAAAUCGCCAAGCAUUGGUUUCAUGAACCGCAUAUUUCACCCCAACAUUGACGAAGUGAGCGGAUCUGUCUGCUUGGAUGUGAUUAAUCAGACGUGGAGCCCAAUGUUCGACAUGAUCAAUAUAUUUGAAGUGUUUUUACCACAACUGCUGCGGUAUCCCAACCCAACAGACCCAUUGAACGGCGAAGCAGCGGCACUGUUGAUGCGAGAACCAGCAAAAUAUGAGGCCAAAGUCAAAGACUAUGUGUCCCGUUUUGCAACAAAAGAAGCAGCAGAUGCAGCAGCAGACGAUAGUUCGGACGAGGAUGAAAUGAGCUCGGUCAGCUACGCAUCCUCCGAAGACGAAGCAGCUGGCAUGGAGCUAUAA